CAAUGUAUAUGAAUUAUGUUGUUUUCGUGAACUUUAAGUGGUAUUUUAUAAAAGUAAUAUUCUUCUCACUUCUCUGUGCAUAAUUGCACAUUUUCUGCUCUUGCUGUGUAUUCCAACAGUUUUCUGAAGAAAAGAGACGUUGAAGCAGCUAGAAUACGCUCAUGUUGAGACGCUUGUAACGGGACAAGGAGCUUAGGCGUCCCAAUUUACCCACCGUCCCAGAUUAUGCUAAUUCCCCCUGGAUUCACCUCCAGUAACUGUCAUCAAUGUCCCGGGACAGGUUUUUGUGAGAGAAAAUGUCAGAAAACGCAGAGAGUGACUCAGUAGCACAUAAUGAGAUGCAUUUAGAAACCAGGUCAAAUGAAAUAAAGCCUCUGUCUUCUUAUUAUGAGAAUGCAUUAUCAAGGAUGCCUUCGGUUCAUAUUAGGCUGUUAUUGUGUUUGUUUGAUAUCUGCACUCACUGAGAUCAAACUGAUGAUCUGUGUGUGUGUGUGUGUGUGUGUGUGUGUGUGUGAGAGGGAGGGGCGUUGUCAUCGAGAUGUCCUUGGUCUCCAGCUCCGGGUAAAGAGUGUGUGGAUCAGAGCGAGAGCAUCCGACACUAACAGCAGUCGCUGCACUCCUCCAGGAUCAGUGGAUUAUUUCUAGAAGCUGAAAGAUCAAGUCUAGUGAAAAAUGGGCGUGUCCAAGGUUCUGCUCGGCCUCGCCCACCUCACGAGUCUAUUGGCCGCCGCUGUGAUGAGUCAGGAGGGGGCGUGUCUGCGGGACGGGAGACUCAAAGCCACACCCAGCCCAGAGCCUCAUCUCCAGCAGUGUUCGCUCUACAGGGAGAACUCGUGUUGUUCAGAGAAGGAUGUCCAGGAUCUGUCUGGCGUGGAUAACUCUCACUGGGAUAAGUGUGGUGUCCUCAGCCCUCUCUGUGAGUCCUUCCUGAAGCGCAUCGUCUGUUUUUACCGCUGUUCUCCUGAUGCUGCUCGCUGGCCACACCCACAUCAUGACUCCUCCCUGAAGGCGGUGCCUCUGUGUCACAGUUUCUGCAGAGAUUGGUACGAGGCGUGUAAAACGGACAUGACAUGUGCUCGGGACUGGACCACUGACCCACGCGGACAGAACUGCAGCGGCGGAUGUGUGUCCUACCUACAGAUGUACCAACACGGCCGAGACCUGUGCGAGAGUCUUUGGGGAGACGCUUUCAUGACGGUGGAAGACGACCCCGGGGAGGAAGACGGUGUUGAAGGCCAUAGCUGCGGCUGUCUGACCCUCAGCCCGUCUGAUCGAGAGGUGAUCGCCGCUCUGAGGGUCCAGGAAGGAGACGCUGAAGAACUGGACACCACCAAGAGUGGGCUGCCUCAGUACAGAGCCCCCUGCCCCCCAGCAGCGCCCCAGACACCGGCCCGGAGGAACAACGCCGUGCUGCACAAGCGCUCUGUGCUCACCGGAGACAUGGAGGGCAGCGGGAGCGGCUUCUAGGAGACAUGAGUACUUUAUCAGUUCAGUUUACAGUAAACUAAUGCAGUGAGGUUUCUACAGUAUUAACACAGUCAACAAAACACACAACAAAACAGCUACUUCUGUAACAUCAAAUUCUGCUUAUUUUAACAUGUUUAGGGUAACAUCAACAGCUGGAUUUAGGUCUGAAGAACACUUUACAAUAAGAUUCUUAACAUUAGUUAACUACACUAAUAAACAUGAACAAACGAUAAACAGUAUUUCUACAGCAUUUGUUCAUGUAAUGUUCAUUUAUACAUUGGUUUUGAAAGCAGAAGUAGCUGUUAACAUUAUUGCACUGUGAAAUGACAUAACUAUUAACAUUAACAAAGAUGAAUAAAUGCUGUAAUAAAAAUAGUGUGUGUUAGUGCAUGCUAAAGAAGUGUGGUAGGCUAACAUGUACUGCACUGGAUCAAAACAAAAAGGUGAAGGAACGAAGAAAUGGUUAGUAACAAGUGCAAAGAAAUUAAGCAACAAGAUAAAUUAAACGUGAAAUUUUAUCACGUCAUUUUUAAUAGGAAUCAAAGAUCAAGAAAGUCUAGUGAAGGCGAACGAUUGCUCCAUACAAAUUUAGCACCUAGUUCACUUUGUUCCUGCGCUUUUUUUGUUGCCAAGUCUGUGGUUUUCCAGCUAUUUUUUCCCCCAUUGUUCGGUCAGUUUAGUCCUGAUUGGAGUUAUAAGUAGUAAUCGGGCUGGUUUUGUUACGCAGACCUGGCAACCCUGGCAAGACCAAUAGACAGAUUCUCACUUUGAAGAUGAUGACUCUGCACUUCAUACACUGGUUCACCAGUAAUGGAUAAUUUUGUUUUUUAGUGUAACAAUAUUUGGCUCGUGUUCAAACAUCUUAAUGUAUUAAAUAAUGCCAACAAGGAUUAUUGUAAAGUGUUACCAAAUUGCAUCACAUUUCAUCAGUAAAAUGGGUUUCAACCAUUUAUUCAGUGUAAUUGCUCACUACAUGAAAGAACAUCAUAACAUUAGCCUAUUAUGUGAUUUUUUUUUUGACUCGCUUUAAACUUAAAUGUAGCUGUUGUCAAUUGUUUCUAAAACUGUGAUAUUCCGUGAUAAUCUGCUCUACUAUCUCAUAAUCUGUAAUGUCACAAUUAUCUAUUACACCGUCAGUGAUGUCAGAACAGUGUUAUUUUUUGGCGUAAUGACUUUGUUAGUGAAAACCUAGGCCUAUACAGUAUUUUAUCUGAUAUAGGCUACAUAACAGUAAUGCUGUAAAGAAGAAAUGAGAGGAUACUGUAAAAUAAGGUUGACUAUAAAAAGAGUGUAGGCCUAUAGGCUACUAUUUUUGGCGGGUUAUGUUUGUAUGAUUAAUGAUGUAAAUGCGUCACUGUGAGGAUCUGAUGUUCUGCUAUUCUGUGGCUGCAGUACGUAAACAAAUGUGUUUUUAUUCUGAUCGUACAUGUCUCCAAUUCAUGAAUCAAUAAAAUUGUAAUUUGUUUGUUCUUUUAA